AUGGAGCCGAAGCCGAAUUACAGCAGGGUCUGGGUUACCAGCGCCGCUGUCUUAACUGCUCUCGUCACGCUGAUGAUACGCCGGCGCAAGCAAAAGCGUCAGCUUGCUUGCCGGACGGCAGCAGAUGCCAUGCACGAUGAGCUCGCACAGGCGCUGAAGCACACUCUGCUUCCAGUUCUCGUGCGCCCCGAAGACCUACCCGCUGGAUGGGGGGUGGCCCCUCCGGUCUUCUACCCUCCGUACUGCGCCGCCAUUCCGCUAGUGCUGCCGAGGGAGAUGCAGGAGUUGGAGAGGGAUGCUAGUGGCGUGCGUUCAGCGAGCACGUCGAGGCUUCAGCGAGGCGGCGCAGACGGCUUGGCCGUGACGCCGUCCGUGUUUAUCUUUUGCAGCUACACCGGGUACACACCAGGUCCCUUCGCGACACGGCAAGACGAAAAAGUCUUUCUCGCCGAGGUACUGGCGCACCACCCGGUGCUUCGAGAGCAUCUUGCCGAGAAACCGGUGCAGUGGAGUCCGCUGCCAGAGUCGGCGCCGCACGCGGACACAGAUGUCAAGAGUGCUGCCGCCGUGCCCGAUGGGAGGCGGCCGAACUGUUUCCCGCGCACCUUCUGUCACGUUCUCGUCAGUGAUGAAUGUGCCAUCCUGGCAGGCAUGAACGGCCCUUAUACGGUCGUCGCGGUGCUGACCGAUUUUGUCGGCGCGUCGCCGCUCUCACGGACAGCGAGAGCCCCCGAAGACGGUGAGGAGAGCGGAGGGAAGAGAACUGACAGUGCUACGCCGCCAACGAUUUCCGAGAAGACGGAGCUCGCUGAUGCCAUAGAAUGCAUUGCACGCGCUACUAUCAAAGUGCCACUCGUCACCCUUGGAAGCGACUCCGCGGCGCGCGCCUUUCGCGUUCCGGGCACAUCCUUCGCGGCCCACCACGGCUACUACCGCGUGGUGUGCGCGCGGGAGAGGCGCGAGUUGGAACUCUGCGUGCCGCCGGAAUGGACGGUGCGGAGCGAGUGUGUGAGCACGUCUCGCACGACUCCCGCCGCGUCCCCGGUUCCAGCUCGCAGGCCGGUCUCGACUGGGGGCGAGGAUGCGCAGUCGAAAGGGACUAUCUUGACCCUCUCCUUUCCACCGUCCUCCUUUAUGUCGGAAGGCCGCGUGGAUGUGCACAUCUCUGCGGAGCUUUUCUCCGCUCUUUUCGAAGACCCGCAGGCUGCUGCGGCGACGCUGUGGGCGGCCUCCGGCGCCACGGACGUCUCCAACCCCGUGGCCAAGGCGACGCUGGGGGCGCUGAAAGCGCGACCGCUGCCGGCGUCCUCGCACGCGUGCACAAACGUCGUGACAAUGGUAUACGUGCAGCCCAAGUUCGGUGUGCUCUUCUCGGUAAACCCGCGCUCCGCCGUUGUCUAUGAGCCGUGGAUGACAGAGCAGCCCACGAUCCUGUACUACCCGCUUGGCGACGCGGCGGAGGACGUGGAGUCGCCGCGGAUGACGAUUGAGUACGUCGUGGAGCUGCCCAAGACCUGGGAAGUCUUCGCCAACGAUGACGAAGAGUUUGUGCACAACGUCCUCUUCCACUUCACCAGUGGGGAGGCGGCGGCGAUCUCGACAACUUUGACGGGGAUCAGCGGCAUUCGCUGCGCCAUGUUCCACGAGACGCGCGAGAGCCGCCGCUGCCGCACCUACGUGCUGCCGCGCGGGGCGACGCUGCUAGUUAUUCGGUGGGAGACGUUGGCGGAGAGCUGGGACAAGGACCUGCCAGUGUUUCAGCAGACACUCGACACCCUGCACAUAGAUGCUGUAGCCAUGAAACAGUAG